AUGAACCAUUUCACUGCGAAUCCCAUCCAGAACGAACCGGUGUGGUCGUCUAUCCAGUGGGAAGGCGAUGUAGCUUACUCAAGGCCACUGCUUGGUUCAGAGUUACUGGCAGACCAGUUCAGCAGGUUUCAAGACGGGUUUGUCCCCAAUGCUCGACUCCGUGAUGGGUACGCACGACUACGGUUUGAGUGUCCCAUCAUAGCAGCACCUCUGGUCGAAGGAGUGCAUGAUCCUGACCUACGGUCCUGGGUCUACGUUCCGGCGGCGACGGCGGAAGAAGUCAUCCAAUGGGCUAGAGAGUCUGUCGUUGUUCAUCCCGAGCCCAUGGAUUCAGAUGACUUCAUGGCCCUGGUCAACUUGCGCCGGCUCCCCUAUGUCCUCUAUGACGGCACCAAGCAAUUUGUCCGCUGUUUCCUCGUGCGGUCGCCUGCUGCGCAGGACAUAUACAGCAUCUUUCUCCACGGCCCGCAUUCCAUCAUGGAUGCCCGACCAACCAUCAACGCCUUCUCGCUCCUGCUGACGCACAUGUCUGUGUCGGCGCCUCCACCGCUCACCAUUCUCGAAUGGGGGACAGAAUGGCGCAACCUGCCCGCCGGCCCCGUCACGGCGACCGGGGGCCCGCGUCCAAACUGGGACGGCAAGGCAGCCCCUGUUCUAGCCAAGAUGGGCGCGAUUUUGACAAACCCAAUUCCAACGCACAGUAUCAAGCCCCAGCGCAGCGAUCCUGAGAUGCUGGGCAGGCCUGUCAGGGUGCGCGUCCAGAUAGGCAAGGACGAAAGUGCAGCACUGGUCAAGGCAAUCAAAGCAGCGGGUUUCACCGUGACGCACCUGUUCGAUGCCGCUCAAAUAUUGGCUAUCCUGGAGCGAAACCCGGUGCCCGCAGAGUCGGCGGCAGACGCGCACAUCACGUAUGCGAUCGGAAUCAUUGCCAUUGCGCGCUACCGCGUGCCACCGCACGAUGGGAAAAAUCAGCUCAUCUCUGAGAUGGCUAUCGUGCCGCUCCAAGUGAAGUACGCGGACAUCCCACAGGUCGCCCCCCAGGAUCGCCUUUUCGCCGUCAUGGCGAUCCUGAAGGCGCAAUAUGACGAAUACCUCGCCAACCCGCACCUGCCGCAUCUGUUCCCGGCGCAAAUGCGACUCGCCCCGCCGCGCGUGCCCGUCAUCACAAGCAACCCACACGCGACCGUGAUCACCAAUCUGGGCGUGAUCGAGCAUAGUCUGGCAUCAACAUGGUACCCGGACGGUGAUGCUACAAAGCCACCACUGUUCGAGAUCUCCGCAUUACCCUUUGGACAUAGGAUGACAAUGCCGAGCCCGUAA